AGGAGGAGAGGAAGGAAAGAAGAGACACUCUGAUAAUAAAGUUCCGGGGUCCGCAGUUCCGGGGUCCGCAGUUCCGGUAUCAUGUCUGAUUUAUCUGCCAGUCUAUGGGUGCUCUGCACAUUAUCAGCAAUAGUUCCAGGAUGGACACAACAGACAACGCCACCCGCCAGCCACCCAAAUCCAAACAGUGGCCUCAAAUUCCGCCUGGCUGGAUUUCCUCGCAAACACAACGAAGGUCGGAUAGAAGUCUUCUAUAACCAGGAAUGGGGUACAAUAUGUGAUGAUGACUUCACCAUGGAGAACGCCCAUAUCCUCUGCCGCCAUCUUGGAUUUACAGAAGCUACGGGAUGGACGCACAGCGCCAAGUAUGGCAAAGGAAUAGGGCGGAUCUGGUUGGAUAACGUCAUCUGCUCUGGACGUGAGAAGAGUAUUGCGGACUGUAGUUCUCGGGGGUGGGGGAGCACUGAUUGCACCCAUGAGGAAGAUGCCGGAGUCGUCUGCAAGGAUGAAAGGAUUCCGGGAUAUGUUGAGCCCAACACUAUCGAGACGGAGCAGAGACAGGUGGAAGAGGUGCGUCUGAGGCCGGUGAUCACAAGUGCCAAGAACAGACUUCCCACCCAUGAGGGGAUCCUGGAGAUCAAUCACCGGGACACCUGGGAACAGGUGUGUGAUGUGGGCUGGACUCCGGCAAACAGUCUCGUGGUCUGCGGAAUGCUGGGCUUCCCAUCCGAGAAGAAAUUCAACAAAAACUUCUACAAAGAAGUAAAAACAUCGGCCAGCAAAAAACGUUCCACCAAGGCGACGAGCGCAGCCCGCAGAGAAGUAAAAACAUCGGCCAGCAAAAAACGUUCCACCAAGGCGACGAGCGCAGCCCGCAGACGUGUGAAGAAACAAACCGCUUCUAAAAAGGUCCCCAAGAUGGCGGCUUCCAGCCCCAGAUCCUCUCCUAGUCAAGAGCCCAAAAAGAAGGAACUGAAGAACGGCAACAGGUUGUACCUGGAGAAGCAGAAGCCAUCCUUUCGCUUGCACUCAGUGAAAUGUGGCGGCACUGAAGUUCACCUUUCUCUAUGUCCCUUCGAGUUCUACAAAGUGAACAGUACAGACAGCUGUCAAGACGGAUCUCCGGUUGUGAUAAGCUGUACAGUUGGGCCGGCCUUUGUGAGUCAUGGAGCUCCAGCCCAGGCCGCCAUGAAGAAGAAGAAGGCAUCACAGCAACAACGUGAGGAGCUCAUUCGGCUAAAGGGAGGCUCUCGUCCAGGAGAAGGCCGAGUGGAAGUCUUAAAGAAGGGAGAAUGGGGAACAGUGUGCGAUGACCGUUGGGACGUACAAGCCGCCAGUGUGGUGUGUAGACAGAUGGGCUUUGGAAGUGCCAAGGAGGCUUUAACAGGGGCGCGAAUGGGGCAAGGCAUGGGUCAGAUCCACAUGAAUGAAGUGCGAUGUACGGGCAGAGAAGACUCCCUCUUUGACUGCCAGUACAAGAACAUCACACAGGAGGACUGCAAACACAGUGAGGACGCCUCCGUCAAGUGCAACAUUCCAUACAUGGGGUAUGAGAACACGAUCCGCCUGCAUGGGGGGAGAUCCCAGCAUGAGGGGCGGGUGGAGGUGUUAUGGGGACCUCGAGGACAAGAACGCUGGGGCCUGGUGUGUGGAGAAGGCUGGGGAAGUAGAGAGGCCAAUGUUGUCUGCCAGCAGUUGGGUCUCGGAUUCGUCAGCAGUGCACUGAAGGAAACCUGGUACUGGGACACCAGCAAUAUGACGGAUAUGAUCAUGAGUGGGGUGCGCUGCUCCGGCACUGAGAUGUCCCUACAGCAAUGUACUCAUCACCGGGCCGUCAGCUGCAAGAACACCGGCACACGGCAUGCAGCUGGGGUCAUAUGUUCUGAAACGGCUUCUGAUCUGAUCCUUCACGCACCUCUCGUCCAGGAGACGGCCUACAUCGAGGACCGACCGCUCCACAUGUUGUACUGUGCGGCUGAGGAGAACUGUCUGUCCAGCUCCGCUCGCAAUGCCAACUGGCCAUAUGGCCACCGGCGACUACUGCGAUUCUCCUCCCAAAUACACAACAUCGGGCGUGCUGAUUUCAGGCCAAAGGCUGGCAGACACUCCUGGGUGUGGCAUGAAUGCCAUGGACAUUACCACAGUAUGGACAUUUUCACUCACUAUGAUCUGCUGACUUCAAAUGGAACUAAAGUGGCAGAAGGACACAAGGCCAGCUUCUGCCUGGAGGACACCGAGUGCCAGGAGUUGGUCAGUAAGCGGUAUGAAUGCGCCAACUUUGGUGAACAAGGAAUCACGGUGGGAUGUUGGGAUCUGUACCGUCAUGACAUUGACUGUCAGUGGAUCGAUAUAACGGACGUCAAACCCGGAAAUUACAUCCUCCAGGUUGUCAUCAACCCAAAUUUUGAGGUGGCCGAGAGCGACUUCACCAAUAACGCAAUGAAAUGCAACUGCAAAUACGACGGCCAUCGAAUCUGGAUACACAACUGCCAUACCGGAGAUGCCCUCAGCGAAGAAGAAAACAAGAAGUUUGAGCAGUACCGGGGCCAGCUCAACAACCAGAUUCUGUAGGUGGGAAUAUCUCAUCGCCCUCGUGACUGAGCAACCAAAUCUGCUGAACUUCAAAUUCUCCUCAACCAAAUAUCCAGCAGCUGGAGGUUCGGCUGCCAACAGAAGAUGUCCUCAUCCGAUCAUCCUCGCCACGUUCAUCUCCUGCCCUCCGUUCAUCUCCUGCCCCCCGUUCAUCUCCUGCCCCCCGUUCAUCUCCUGCCCCCCGUUCAUCUCCUG